UGACGGUGUUGAUGAUGGGAGGUGGUUCGGUUCGGUUCUUCUGUACCGCGGGAGCCGGUAUGGAAACUUUUCUGGUGGAAGAAGUGAAACACAAACUGGCUGCUACUGAGGUGGAACAAAUCCCUGGACGAGUCUUCUUCACAUGCUGCUCGGCUCUCCAGGACGUGAUGCGGCUAAAAUCAGCAGAGCGGCUCUUCCUGCUCCUGCACAGAGCUCCUUCCACUCCAUUACCCACAAAUCCAGCGAAGGCAGCGAGCGUGAUACAGCAGAGCAUUGUGGGUGAUCCAGAUGUUUGGACCUCUGGUCUGUCCAUUUGGUCCAGAGUGCAGGAGGAGCUUGGUGGGUCUGCUGAGUGUGGGCGUGGUCAGAAGAGGAAGAGAGAGGAGGAGGAGGAAGAGAACGAGGACGUGAGGAAGGAGGGUCGCACAACAUUCCGCGUGAGCUGCCGCUGCAGUGGAGCUGUCGCCCGCUGCUAUAACGCUCAGAACCUGAAUCGGAUCAUCGGAACAGCCGUCACACAGCAGCUCGGAUGGAGAGCUGAUCUUAGAAAUCCAACACUGGAGGUGAAUGUUUACCUGAGCGAUGACCACAGUGUCGUUGGGAUUCCUCUCUUAAGGCAUCCUCUGGCCAGUCGCGGUUAUCUGAAGCACACAGGGCUCAGGUCCACUAUAGCCUGGGCUAUGACUUCGCUCUGUAACCUGCAGGAAUCCUUUGUUGUUUUAGACCCCAUGUGUGGAGUUGGCACCAUAUUGUUGGAAGGAGCACAGGAGUGUCCGAACAGUGUGUUUAUAGGGAUGGACACCAGUCAGGAUCAGUUACUGAAAGCACUUGAGAAUGUUGAAGCCGCUGGUCAGGAGGGGAGAAUCGUGCUCGUCCGCUCCUCCUGCAUGGGGAUCCCGGUACCCUCGGGGUGCGUGGACGCGGUGCUGUGUGACGUUCCGUUCGGGAGGAAGUUCAGCUGUAGUACGGACAUGACCGCCGCUUUUCCUCGGAUUCUUGCCGAGAUGGAACGAGUUCUGCGACAGGGUGGAACUCUGGUUCUCCUGCUGAGUCUGCAGCUUUCCGCCCAGAUUAAGAAACUCAUCCCGCCGGACUCACAAAUCGCCGACCGCUCCGUGGAUGCACCGACCUCCGAAUCAGACCAGCACGGUCAUGUGACCAGGUUCAGUUCUUUAGUUCUGAAGAGCAGACACAGAGUGAGUCUCGGGUGCACCGACGCACUCAUACACACCUACAGGAAAACGUGUAACCAGGGCGAUCAGGCGGCACAGGAGCAAGUUCGGACUCCCGGGUUCGAGCACGUAGCACCACAGUUGGCUGCGCCUGAGGGAGGGACUGGAGGAAAUCAUAGGGCACAGCCUGAUACUAUGUGAGAAACUGGAACUAAGUAGAUUACAGGUCUGUCUGAAAACCGGGUGUGCUUGAUGACUGGACAUCCUGCUUCAGGAUUUUCUGAUAGAGAGCAGGGUCUGUUUUUUAAAAACAGAUAUUUUAGGUCGCCAAGGCCCUGAAAAAGCCAAGCAUGCUUACACUAUUACACGACCACCACCAUGUUUGGCUGUUUCACCUUUUUAUCUGCUUGAUUAAAUGAAAUGAUUUGUGUUUUUAUCUCUAUUUUUAUUGAUAUGAAGGGUAAAUAUACAGUAUAUUACACACAGCACUUGUGCAUUCUUGUCUAUGCUACUCACACUUGUUAUACUAAUUCCAGUGUGUUUGAAGAACCAUACGAGUGAGUCAGGUGAGAGAAACAGGUAUGACUGCUGUGUGUGUGUGUGCGUGUGUGACGUGGUAAACAGGGUGAGGUCGGCUGUUUUCUUAAGCCUGUACAUGAAUCUUUAUAUGCAAUAAUGAAGCAUCUUCAACUUUCGUACACAAAAGAUGAAACUAAAUGGGUACAAUAACUAAAAGAUUUAGUAAAUAAUGGGUUAUUGUAUUUCCUGCUGUAAACAAUGCUUUAUUAUUUUGAUGGUAAGGUAUUAUAGUUAUUAAUAUUCUUAAUCUUACAUCAUAUGUCUAGAAUUAUAUCAGUACCAGACAUUGUGGAUUAAAGACGUGAUGUGGCUUCCUCAA